ACGCACGGGUUGGUAAAAAAUAGCAACGGCGAUUGCCAGGUGCUAAUUAGGGAGGUAGCACCGACGGCCACGAUGGCGCCGCGGUCGUGAGAUCACACCUGGGCCGUCCGAUCUCACUCAGUUUCUACGCUUGUCGUUCCGUUCGGUUUCCUUUUCUCAUCCUUCGCUACUAAUGUGUUCUCUCCCGCCAUAGCUGAGCCUUUCUUUUUUCCUCUCUUUCUUUGUGGAAAGCCCUGGCGCCGCGAGAGAACCCUAGAACCAGUCGAUCUUUCUUGGCCCAGGGCGGAGCUGGUUAGCGGCGCUGGGGCGGCGACGGGGAAUAAAAAAUAUUUUGGCGGAGCGCGGCGCGCUUCGGUUUCUAGGGGAUUGCAAGCGGCAGCGGUGCUGUAGAUCUGGUGCCGCCGUGGUCGAUCCGGCUCCAGGCAUCGCGAGCUCGGGGCAGGGCGGUUUCUCUAGGAUCUGGCGGUUCUUUUUGGCGGUUAUUAGCGUCUUUUUGGGGUAUGCUGGCGGCGACUUCUUCGCAGGGAUGAGGCCAAGGAGAGAUUUUCUCGACGAGUUCGUGCAUGAUGGGUGUGGCUAGCAGCGGCAGUGGCGGCAAGAUGCUAUGGGGCUCCAGAUGACAGGAAUCCAAUUGGGCGCCGGCUUGGCGGCUUGCUCGUCGUCUUGGAUAUCACGGGGAGGAAUCGCGCAGGCUUUUGGUCGAGCAUGCGGGGUGUCGGCCCUGUCCCAGUCAUGAGUCCCAUGUCCAAGUCAUUCCGGAAGCGUGAGCGUUCGUCUGGAGCGUCGAGAAACGUUAAGAACAGUAGCAGCAGCACGGCCACCGGGGCCUCGCCAUCGAAGAAGCCCAAGCUCGCCGUCACCGAUUGCUCUGGGGAUCCUUCUCUCGAGAAGCAGCAGCAGCAGCAGGAACAGGAACAGCAGCGGCAGCAGCAUGAGAACACCACCACCUCGUCGCCGGCGCUGUCCGGGGCCUCGAGCCUCUCCACCUCGAAUCAUCCAAGAGUCGGGGCGGCAUCGGUCUCGAGCCCAUCCACGCCGGACAGACCGGGGCAGUGGUCCUUACGUCCAAGACAAAGCUCGGGAGGAAUCGUGAAGAGGACCCGGAGGCUGUACUACGACGUCCACUUAACCGAGGACGACGCUAUCAAGCUUCUUGGUCACCGGAUUAAGAUGUGGUGGCCACUGGACAAAAGGUGGUACCUCGGAGAGAUUAAGAACUACGACAGUGAGCUCCGGCAACACUGGAUCGUCUACGACGAUGGCGACAAGGAAUGGGUGAAACUUGAGGAGGAGAACUUCAGGCUCCAGCUGCUGCCCGGGGAUAGCUUCGAGCGAGCUGCCAAGCCGAGGUCGUCAACGUACUGCCUCAACUCCGAGAAGGACGAGGAGGAUGUCGACAUCACGGCCGACGUGUGCUCUCGUCUGGUCGAACAGCCAUCCUCGAGGGCGACGAGUGCGGCGAGCGAGGAUAAUUCAUCGGCUCAGAACGUUGUUCCAGGGCCAAAGCCAGUGUCCGUGUACGCGAGGAGACGUCACUCUAGGAAUGGGUCCAGGGGCAGUGGAAGCGUGCCUGUCACGUCUGCGGCUUCCACGGUUGAGACCGAUACGAUCGAAGUGCAGAGUCCUAUUAGAGUAUGUGAACCGUCUAACACUGCUCUGUCAUAUGAAGAUCAGGAGGGUCUCUCCGUAACUUUUGGUGAAGCAGAACCGGAGCUAGGAAUUAUAGCCAAGGAUGUAGAACAGGAGGUUAGGAUGGUCGAAGGUGGUAGUACAGGCUAUAACAGGGAAAUGGACAGCCAAAGCCUCGUCAAGUGGCCUUUGAGCAGGAACGUAGCGGAACUAUUGAGAUUUAUUGAGAUCAGGUCUAGAAGUCGCAAAGGUACUCUAGUUGGCGGUAGACUUUUGAACCAGGUGUGGCGGGGUAUGCUACCAGUUUGGAACAUGGGGAACCUUUUCGAUAUAAAACUGGGGCCGUCGACCGAGCUCCUCGCUUCCGGGGAAAUGACCCCAACGGUGAUGAUGGAGUCUCCAAAGACAGGCCCGGGAGGUAGCGGAUCUUCCCUCUGCAUGUUGAUCAGCUGGAACGGUUUCACGCUUGAGAAGAAUGCGAGGUUGAAGGAGGUGCUUGAGACGAGCUUGAGACGCAUCCAGAGCGAACAGAGGAAGCAGAUAUUCUGGAAGAACACUAUCUCGGGGUUCAAGGCUCCCAGGAGGGACUUCUCUGUCCAUACAGGAUCAGGGUCUUACUUGUCGGUGACGCUGUUGAGUGUUCCAUCCAAUGGCCGUCAGCUGCUUAUGGACCCGGUGACACAGACGACACACUCGGCCGAGCUGGUUAGCGAUAGGCAGCUUUGCACCAAUUUUUUCAAGAGCCUGCCUUGUUCGGCACCGGCGACGGAGCUCGUCUUCACUGCUCUCGUUGACGGCCGCCAUAGUGGCUCUACGACACCUGGAGAGGUUCGAGAGACUCGCUUAAACACUAAGGCCAAUUGUGCACAGACUGCUAGAGUAACGCCAUAUGCUGCUCGUUCGUCUACGGGUGACAAGGCACGCAUGCUUUUCAGCAAGAACUUGCGUAAGUUUUCCCACCUGCGUAAGAUCUUCCACAGCAAGUGGAAAGACCUUAGUGGCCCUGGUCUGCGGCUGUCCAUCAACGAGAGCCUGGGCCUCUUUUCUUCCAGGCACCUCCCUAUACUACUCAGGAUACAUCGGCUCAACACACAGGCAGUCUUACUUCUUCGAGCAUCCUCUUGUCAAGCUGGCACCUCCGGCAGUCCAGAGACAAGGCCCGGUUUACAGGAGCUACUUAGUAUGAGCAAGAAAGGAAGGAGGACGAUAAAGGGGAUUAAAAGGAUAAGCCAGGAAGAAGGACUUCCCUUACCGCCACCAAAGCGUAUCAGAAUCGCAGUGCCCGAGCCAGCGCCGGUCCCUGCCACUCCGACCGUGGAAGAGCAGCCGAGUCAAGAUGAUGGUAGAGCCCGGGGAAACAUCUUGAAGCUAAGAAGAUGCCCGACUAAGAGAGGAGCGAUGUGGUGCGUUGCAACGAGCACGGAGAGUGUCUACGAUGACUUGGGGGAGUCUCCAUCGUCGGGAACCUGCACAGCAAACCUUCUCAUAGUUCAAAGUGACAGAGGCUGGCGAGAAACCGGGGCUACUAUCGAGCAGCAGGCUGAUGGUGAUACUUCGAUACUCGUCGUCUCACUCAAUGGCGAGGUACUUUAUACUUACAAGGCCUACCAGCCCAUACAGGCGGGGAUCUCCAACAAGCACACACACGCUUUGAUGUGGAGGGGUGGCAAAGACUGGAUGCUGGAGUUUACGGACAAGAUGCAGUGGAGCUGCUUUAGAAGCAUGCACGCUGCUUCGUGCGUGACAAACGCCAGGGCGCUGUCCAUGAAGCACAUUCCAAUCCCAGGUGUUCGUGAGGUCCCUGACGACCCAGACCUUUCGGUUUCGUUCCUCCGACCUUGGGGAGGCUAUAUCAAACAGCCAUCCGGGGAAAUCGACGCAGCCUUGUCAACUUCCAGGGUCUUGUACGACAUGGAUAGCGAAGACGAGGAGUGGCUUGAUGCGCAGGCGGAUGAGAUCACGGACGAGGUUUUUGAGAAGACUAUCCAUUACCUGGAGAGGGCGGCUUAUAUUCAAAAGCAAGAGAUCUCUCUGCCCGUCGCUGUGGAGCUGUGCUCUUCGCUAGCACCGGCGGAGGCGAUCACUCUGAUACACGCUCACUGGCUGGAGAGAAGGCGCAAGCACGGAAUGGCAUUGAUACGCUGCUUUCAAGCUCCUGCCUGUGAUCGGUACGAGGCCGCUCUCCAGGCGUGGAGAGACUCUUCGAAGCAAACCAACCAGCCACCCGUAUUUGCGUUUUGCAUGCGGCCGAACGGAUCUCACAAGAUGAGCAGGCAACGUUCACAGCGAAGAAUCAGUCAUGUUGAUCAUCAAUACUUGGACGACGCACAAGGCCUCAGGAACGUGAUUAUCGAGCCCUUCGACUCCGAGUUCUACUCUGGCAGCCCGGGCUCGGACGCCUUCGACGACGGCUCCUACGGCACUCCUUCGCAGAGGCUCGGUUCCAGGUCCAAAGGCAGGAAGCCCGGGAAGAGGCCGAGGAGGAUGAAGUCCAUCUCGGGCGGCAGCGGCAGCGAGGAGCGCAGGGGCGUGCGGACGUUCAUCGCCCCGGCCACUGCCAUGAACUUAAUGGACGAGGCGGACCAGUUCGACGGCGGUGACUCGUGCUCGAGCAUGGACUUCGACCUCAACGACGACGCUCUCGUCAAGGCCCAGCUCGCGAGGAAGGCGGCCAGGAUUGCAGCGUCCAAGGCGGCCCGAGCGCAGGAGCUCUACGCCGUGGCGGACGCGGCCAUGAAGAGGGCGGUGGCGUGCCUGAUCGAGGCGGAGGCGCUGGCGGCGGCGGAGAAGGCUGGGCGGGACAACGCGUAUGCCAAGCUCGACCAGCAGCAGCAGCACGGCAUGGGCGCUGCCGAGGAGAUCGAAGACGAUGACGAUUUGCUGCUGCCUAUAAGCAACUGGACGCAGGAGUUUGGGUCGGGGCUCAUACAGAAAGGUGGCGGAGGUGGCAGCGGCGGCGGUAGCGGCGGUGGUGGUGGCGGUGGUGGUGAAGCCACGGUUGCCAGCCCCCGGAAGAGCUUGAGGUACAUAAACCAGUCUUCGCUUUUCAAGGGGAUGGUGUCGUGAAGGAGAGAAGAGGGGGGAGAGAAUAAGGCGGAGGUUCUCUCGUUUUUUUCUUUUUUUCUUGGAGAGGAGGUGGUGAUUUUAUAUCGGGGGUGUGAUGGCUACUGGUCCAGCAGCGGCUAUAUGAGUGCUCCCAAAAGCUUGGAAGUUCUUGAGAUCUUUCUCCGCUCUCUCUUUUCUCUCGCUCUUCUCCUUGCUCGGAUCGGAUACUCUUCUUUUCUUCAAGUGGUUUUUGUAAUAUCAUCCAUCAAAAGCAAGAUGCGAGUUGCUUGUA